UGAAUACGAAAUAAAAUCGAAAUUUCAGGAAAAAGCCGAUUUGCUUGGUGAAAAGAUCAGAAGUGAGAUCAUGAGAGGUGCCAAAGAGAAAAUUCUCCAUGAAAUCGACAGUUCAAGUACGGAGAUUAGUUUUCCGCUCUUUAAUGGUGUAGUGCAACAAGUUAGAAACGCUGCUAUGCAGGAUUUCGACGCUAAAAAGAUGGGAGACAAUGAUGCUUCAAAGGGUCAACGUGAACGGCUCGAAAGCGAUCUCAAUGUUUUAAAUGGCGCUUUGAGUGGUAUAGUGGAUUCUUAUAGCCGGGCCGUGCAAUCGUACACCGAUUCAAUGCAGAAAUCGAUCAAUGACAAUGAAUACUUCAGCCAAACUGAUUUCAUGAAGAUUCAUCAAGCUACGAAAACCGAAACAAUGCACCAGUUUCAAACACAACCAGGUGACAAUGAGUUUAAAUGGGCAAUUCAGCGCAAAAUCGAAGCAAGCAUUGAACAGAAAUUCCAUACAUUUGAACCAACGAAUGCAGCAAAACGACAAGAUUUCAUUCAAAGAGCGAAUGCCCACAGCGAAGCCGUAGUCGGGGAGUUGAAAGCGUCAUUCGAAAAUAAAGUGCGAUCUGGAAUCGGAAAAUCAUAUUUAAGUGACGAUGAUUUCUUUGGAUUGUUUUCAAAUUCGAAACAAAGUACUUUGCAAGAGUUUGCUGCCAGAAAAAUGGGCAACGAUGAACUCGCCAAUCAAGCCUAUCAAAGUUUCCGCGAAAAGCUCGAACGAGACAUAGACAGUUUACAGAUCACAUUGAAACAAGUUAACGAAGCGAAUAAACCACCGCCAAAGGAGCAUAAGAAAAGUGGAUGGGUUAAAUUUCGCGAUGGAGUUAUUUCGGCAGUGACACGAGUGGGUGUCUCAUAUAGUUCUGGUGGACUCGAUGUGAAUGUAAAUAACGGUUGACUUAAUGGCAAAUAUCGACUUGAUUCAAACGCCAUUUUAUUUUAAAGAAGAUUUUAAAUAGUUUUUUAGAAAUAUUCAAGCAAUAAAAGUUUGAUAGCGUACGUGUUGGUUGAUUUCUGUUUUUGUAAAAUAGCGAUUCAUAAUAUAUGGGGAAUGCUUGUUUGAAACUUCUUCAUUCUAUUUUAUGUUAUAUGCAAUCAUUUCUACUUUUAGUCCAAACAAUAUUUAAAGCAAACAGCAUUCUGACCACAAUAAACGCUUGGCAAAGAUUUCUGUUAAGUAUGGAUCGAGCAAGCUAUUUACAUUUUCAUAA